CAGUUGUCACCGGCAGCGGCAGGGCCGGGCGGGAGGGGCAGCACCAUCCGCGGGACCGCCACUGCACAGAGCCCCCUUCCCUCACUCCGGCUCCCCCCGUCCCUCCGCCAUGACCACCACGGCCACGUUCUCGGGCAUGGACCCCAAUGGCAGGAACAGCUCCAGAGUCCUGCGUCCUCCUGGAGGAGGGUCCAACUUCUCCUUGGGGUUUGAUGAGCCCAAAGAACAACCCGUGCGAAGGAACAAAAUGGCAUCCAGCAUCUUUGGGACUCCUGAAGAGAACCCACCUUCCUGGGCUAAAGCAUCUGGGGCUAAGCCGGGUGAAAUCAGAGACAACUGUGAAUCAUCUGGACCACAAAGAACAAACUCAACUGAGGCAAACUGUGGAGACUUUGUAGAUCCCAAGGGAGGAGAUGUCGGUGGUGAAAUUUCUGAAAACAUUGAGGCUGAUGUAGAAGCUGCCCCAGGUCAGAGUGAAGAAAAAUCCCUGCCUGCUGCACCUGUUCCUAGCCCAGUAGCACCAGCACCUGCACCAUCCAGGAGAAAUCCACCCGGUGGCAAGUCCAGCCUAGUCCUCGGUUAAACCUUUCCCUUCCUGACUGUUUUGAACUCGUGUCUGUUUUCUUUCCCCCAUGCUUGUGAACUGCACAACUUGAGCCUGACUGUACAUCUCAAAUUUCUUUCAUUAAAAAGAAGCACUUUAUGUACUCCAUCUUUUUUUGAAGUCAAGGGUUUUUUCCACUUCUGUCCUGUGUUUCCCCCAGAUCUACUGGAAGUGACAUGAGUGUUUUCUAGUGAUAGACUUGAGGGAAAGCUUUAUGAAGUAUUGUAAUGUAAUUCAAAGGAGAGUAGCUUGGUUCUAAGUGUGCUUAGAGGGUUUUUGUACUGAGGUUUUUCUUUUUAGAACCCCUUAGCUUUACAAGGGUCUAGAAUCCUGGUUACCCAGGCCAGCAAACAAUCAGCAAGAGCGGUCCCUUCCCUCCACAUGUGGGAUUUAGGGAUCUAAAAGGCUUCAUUGACUGCAUGUGGUAAAUGCCUUGAGCCCUGCUGUGCCAUAUAAAUCAUUGAGUGGUUAAUGUACACCAUGCUGCCUUUAAAAACAAAAUAAAUCUUGAUACUGGACUACUACGAUGCAGGGUCUGUGCCAAAUAGAGGGCUGAUGACCAGAGCCACCUGGCCUAGUGCUGGGAAGGGGCUGAUUCAGACUUUAUUCAGUAAAGGUGGAGUGGAUCAUAUAAAUAAGAAUUACAGGGCAUUUUUUUUUUUACAACUGACUCAAUGCUGUGCAUGAUCAUGCUGGUGCUUGACCAUGAGGUGAAAAUCUCAUCCUUUAAAAGUGUGUGUUGUAAUUUCACGGAGCUGGAUUGUUGCUUAAAAGUAAAUAAUAUAGAAAUUUUGAAGCCGU